GUGAGGAUGUCCCGCUCUUAUUAACUGAAAAAAAAAAAAACGAAACACACCAACACAUAUCAGCACGAGAAAAGUCAAAGUUAAGAUGCCAACUAUAUUGUCACCUUCAAUGGAAAUGGACAAAAUGAAAAAUCAGGACAAAUCAGUAAACCCCAGGAGACUAGACAAGUGGCGGUUCCUUUGGCCAUUGACAGAAAAACUGAACCCUACUGAAACCCUGCUAUGGUCCCAGUCAUUGGAAAACCUUCUUAAAUCAAAAUAUGGCAUGGCGACUUUCCACUCCUUCCUCAAAUCCGAAUUCAGUGAUGAGAACAUUGAAUUUUGGCGGGUUUGUGAAGACUUCAAAAAAAUCAGGUGUUCGUCCAGGCUGACCUCAAGGGCCAAAAAGAUAUUUGAGCAUUACGUCGAGGAAGAAGCUCCCAAAGAGAUAAACAUCGACCACAGAACGAGACAGCUCAUCAAGCAGAAUGUACAAGCUCCCACAAAAGUGUGUUUCGAUGAAGCUCAGAAGAUUGUCUUUGGACUUAUGGAGAAGGAUUCAUAUCCUAGGUUUCUUCGCUCGGACAUCUACAGAUCUCUUCUGGAUUCAGUGUCAGAUAGGAUCAAGGUCUGAGACACAACAUUUACAACAGUCAAACUAAGUGACUAAGACUUCACACACUUCUGUGGGACUGUUCAUGCAAUGGGCGAGAUGGCCGUGGAGUGUUGGUGGUUUAUCAGGCUGCGUCGAAAUGUGGGCCUGGGUAUUUGGCAUUCGGGACUGGACUCUGAAAAUGGUUACACAGAACGUUGUUGAUCUACAGAAAAGCUUGUAUAAGCUAUUGUCUGUAUUUUGCUGUAUUGCAUGCUCUCUUGUUCUGUGUGAAAUUCACACUGUGCAGCUAACCACAGGAGUUCUGAAACAUCUGACACCUUCGUAUGGGAAUAUUCUGGAGAUCUUAUUCAACAAUUAUUUUGUUGAAUGUUAUUGAAAUGAUGUUAUGCCAUUUUUAAAACCCAACCAAUCUUUGAUGAGGAAUACUAUCUAGGCUCAUAUAAAUGACUUAUAGAGCAAAUGUAAAUCCCAGGAAUUUUAUUUUUUAUAAAAACAUUUUGGACACUGGGGAAUUGAAUAGAUAUCCUAACAAUGAUAUCUGCAUAAUACGCCUACCUACCAAUUAUAAUUUCUCUUCAACAAAACAAGGUUUCUCAGUUUAAUAUUAUUACAGAAUAGGACAUCAGAAAACCAAGAACCUUGUAAUCUCUGAAUAUACAGUAUAUAAAUACCUCUAAUUUCCCAUAGUAUUUUUGAACAGAAAACUACUUUGGGGCAAAUGAAUGUGAUAGACUUUUUGAAAGCAUGUGAAAUUAUAUAUUUUAUUUUUUAAACUUAAGACACCAUACAGAAAUCACAUAUAUGGCCAUGUAUAUAAAAUUAUAGUUCAUAUAUUUAAGUGUGUAUGUACAUAUUUACAUUCUACUGAUAUUUGGGAAAAUAGACAUUACAUAUAUGAAAACAGACAUUUUUGUAGUAUUUUGAAAUAUAUGUUUCAUAUAUGUACAAGUAUGUGACUUUUUAUAUCAGUGAAAACCAUAUAUGAACAUAUAUAUCAUAUAUGUGUUUUGCAUAUAUUGGCAUGUAUUAGAUGUCUGUACAGAAUACAUAAAAACUGCUAUAAAUUCUA